AGGGGUCUAUGCAUUUCAUGGCUGAAGCUCCACCUUUUGCAGACCUCCUCCUCUCUCUAGAACAAGCCACGUUCAUGUUAAAACAACUUCCCUCCGCGUCCGACCAAACCCAUCUCCUCCAAAUCUGCACUUCCCUUCACAGUGCCCAUCGCAAUCUCUCCAAUUUCCUCUCCACAAUCGAUUUCCCCCCUCCGCCACGCCCCCCGGCCGAACACUCCUUCUCCUCUGCCUCCGGCGUCAACCAAGAUGCCAACGGAAACGAACCCAUGGAGGUUGGGGAUGACGACGAUGAGGCUGAGGCAAACGUGGAGAUUUCCAGAGGCACAAUUGAGAAGGUCGAGGAGAAGAUGAGAGAUUGCUUCAUAAAGAACAAGCGACCGAAGCGGCCGCUUUCACCGUCCACUGCGGCGGCGGCAGAGGAGAGGCGGUUGUCCGAAGAUGGCUUGGUUGGGAGAGUGAAGGAUUUUGAUGCGCAUGCGAUGAGGUUGAGGGCUUUGGAUUUGGUGUAUCAGUUUCAUGGAUGAAAAGUACGGGCGAUUGAAGAAACACAGGCUAUUUAUUAGUCUUCAGCAUGAAGGCAGAGAUAUUCAUCAUUUUGUAGCCCUCAUAGGGCAGAUAGGCUGAACAUUGUUGUGGGUAACAUCGUAGUCUCCAUGUGCUCACUUUUUUGUUCUGGCUUUGACGAAAAUGACUAGAAGAGCUGCGGAGCUAAUUUUGUUUUGUGAGUGUUUUGCUUCAGAAUAGAAGAUCAAUUUAUCAGUCUUCAUA